AUGUCGAACUCCUGGUAUAACCGACGGCAAGCAGGAUCAAGAGGCCUGAAGACGCUUCUGGAGGCACAUGCUCGACUUGGUCCAAUCAUCCGACUUGGCCCUCAAGAAGUCAGCGUAGUCUCCGAAGAAGGUCUCAGAAAGAUAUACGCUGCCGGUCUUGACAAAAGUUCGUGGUACCAGAAGACCUUCUUUCUGUAUGGCGUACAGAACCUUGUGAGCACGCUGGACCAUUCUACUCAUGCCAAAAACCGCCGAAUCGUUGCCGGACUCUACAACAAAUCAUACCUGCAACGAUGCAAGAAUUUAGCGUCCCUAUCAGACCACAUCGUCUGUUCUAGGCUCCUGCCUAGGCUGGACUUCUACAGCCUUAACGCAAAUACUGUCAAUGUAAUGAGACUUUUCGCUUGUAUUGGCGUGGACAUGAUCACGGGACACAUUUUUGGCGCGGCUUAUAGCACCGACUUGUUGGCGGACGAAGCCAAAGGCGGCGAGUACAUCGAAACUUGUGCUAGCGGUACGGAGUUCAAGGAGAAUUACUUCGAGCACAUUUACCGAGAGCUCUUAUCAACGAGAGGGACGCAAGAAGAGCUGAGAGUGUCUCCGUCAGCUGCGGAAACAAUGUACAACGGGCUUGCUUCACAGCGUAGUGCAGGCUACGUAGCAGAUCGUGAGAUCUUCGCAGAAUCUGCCAGUGAGAUGCUGGACCAUAUCAUUGCAACACAAGAGACGAACACUAUCAUAUGGACGUACAUCUGUUACCGUCUAUCACUUCAUCCGCAGCUUCAAGACAGGCUUCGAUUAGAGCUUCGCACUCUAGAGCCUCGCAUCACGAAUGAAAUCACCAAUCUCCCUAGCCCAGCGAGCCUUGAGAAGCUGCCACUCCUGGAUGCUAUCGUUCAAGAGACUCUCCGCUUGCAUGCUGCGAAUCCUGCCCGAAUGCCUCGAGUCGCUCCUACUGGCGGCAUGACUCUUCACGGUUACGACAUACCGGCAGGGACAAUAGUCAGUACAAAUGCUUACUGUCUACACCGCAACCCGGAUGUGUUUCCGGAACCACUGGAGUGGCGACCUGAAAGGUGGAUGCCGCAUAGGCCAGAGGAGAAGCUGGACGGACCAGACUUGCCGCGCAUGAAGAAGUGGCUUUGGGCCUUUGGCAGUGGAGCUCGAAACUGUAUUGGCCAACACUUUGCCAUACAGACUAUCAAGCUCGUCGUUGCUGCUAUUUACACGACUCACACCACACUUAUCGUCAAUGAUGAAGGCAUCGAACAAUCAGACUCUUACAACUCUGGACCAAUUGGCGGCAAGCUAAUCCUACGAUUCGAGCAUUUGAAAGACACCCCCGAGUGCUGA